AUGGGGGGCUCCCUCGCCCCCAACGGCUCCCUCAUCUUCAUGUCCAGGCCGGCCUCUCCGCGAAGUGGUGGGAGCGGUGCUGAUGCCUCCUCGUCGUCCGAGGCUGGGCCGGGCUAUCACUGCGAGAACGGGGCCCUGAUGAACAGCUUCGGCAUCUUCCUGCAGGGGCUCCUGGGGGUCGUGGCCUUCAGCACCCUCAUGCUGAAACGUUUCAGAGAACCAAAGCAUGAAAGACGUCCUUGGAGGAUUUGGUUUUUGGAUACUUCCAAACAAGCCAUAGGGAUGUUGUUCAUCCACUUUGCCAAUGUAUAUUUAUCAGAUCUUACUGGAGAGGAUCCUUGUUCACUGUACCUUAUAAAUUUCCUGUUAGAUGCCAGCUUAGGAAUGCUGCUAAUUUAUGCUGGUGUGCGGGCAGUAAGCAGCAUCGUUGAAUGGCAGCAAUGGGAGUCUCUUCGCUUUGGUGAAUAUGGUGACCCACUGCAGUGUGGUGCUUGGGUAGGCCAGUGUGCAUUGUAUAUAGUGAUUAUGAUGUUUGAGAAAACGAUCAUCAUCAUAGUUCUCCUAAUGCCUCAAUGGGAAAAGGUAGCUUUGUUGAAUCCUAUAAAGAACCCUCAGUUGGAGCUGGCUAUUGUCAUGCUGAUAGUUCCCUUCUUUGUUAAUGCAUUAAUGUUCUGGGUAGUUGAUAACUUCCUUAUGAAGAAAGGGAAGACAAAAGCUAAGCUUGAAGAGAAAGAAGCAGGGCAAGAUUCCAGGAAUGGAAGCAAAGUUCGAUAUAGGAGAGCAGCCUCACAUGAGGAAUCUGAAUCAGAGGUCCUAAUUUCAGCAGAUGAUGAAAUGGAAGAAUCGGAUGUUGAGGAGGAUCUUCGGAGACUGACUAUUUUAAAGUCUGUUAAGAAAAAGAAACAUCGAUUUGGUCUGCCUUCUGGAUGUCAGCCAGCUCCUGUGAAAAAGAAGCGUCCUCCAGUGAAAGAGGAAGACCUCAAAGGAGCUCGAGGAAACCUCAGUAGCAACCAGGAAAUCAAAUCCAAAACCUACCAAGUCAUGAAGCAGUGUGAGCAAGCAGGCUCUGCUGCACCGUCUGUUUUCAGCCGAGACCGCACAGGAGGAGAAACCGUCUUUGAUAAGCCUAAAGAAGGGCCUGCAAAGAGUGUCUUUGGCUGACUGCCAGGCUUAAGAUCUGUGAUGAAUAUUCAUGUAGCACUUAACCCUUUCACUUUCACCAGUCUUAUUGCCAUGCUGUUAAUGUCAUGAUUUUAAUUACUAAUUAAUGAGAGAACUUGCAUUGAAAGAUAAACUUCUUUUUAUACAUGGUGGGGUUUUUAUCUUUGCUGUGCUGUGGAUGAUUCAACCUGGGUGGCUGUUAUGGGUUCAGGCUGGUACAGUAAUGACCAAUUUUGUUACACGUGCUUUCCCCCCCUCUUACAAAUUUAUGUUCCAGAACUGAGUCAUAGCUCCCAAUUGUGAUCAUAAUUUUGAAGUGUAAAAUCAAUAAAGCAUGAUGACUUUGA